GGAUUCUCGACUUCAUCGCUAACCUCGACGGCAAGCCUGGAGAAAAGCGCGAUAUUGUGCCUGACGCCGACGGCGGCGUUGGCAUCGACCUGCUCGCGACUAUUGCCAACCUCGACGGCAAGCCUGGAGAAAAGCGUGACGGCGGGAUUCUCGACUUGAUCGCCAACCUCGACGGCAAGCCUGGAGAAAAGCGUGACGGCGGGAUUCUCGACUUAAUCGCUAACCUCGACGGCAAGCCUGGAGAAAAGCGUGAUGGCGGGAUUCUCGACUUCAUCGCUAACCUCGACGGCAAGCCUGGAGAAAAGCGCGAUAUUGUGCCUGACGCCGACGGCGGCUUUGGCAUAGACCUGCUCGCGACUAUUGCCAACCUCGAUGGCAAGCCCGGCUCCAAGCGUGGUGUUGCGACAGUCACCGAGGCCGACAUGGCCAAGCGGUUUGAUCUUUUGGAUUGGAUCGCCAACCUCGACGGCAAGCCUGGUUCCAAGCGCGAUAUCUCAACAGGCUCGGAAGCGGACAUGGCCAAGCGGUUUGAUCUUCUCGAUUGGAUCGCCAACCUCGACGGCAAGCCAGGUUCCAAGCGAUAG